CUGACUCAGACGAGCACAACCGGUUACCGGCCCCACCCUUUGCUCUGAUCUAAUCAGAUUGAUCUCUCCAUCCGUUCCUUCCAUCUCUGCCUUGCCCUGCCCUGCCUCGCUCUUCCACUCACCCGAAUCUGUCAACCCUCAUCUAACCUGUCUGCCUGUCAAAACCAGCCAAUCCAUCAGCCUUGGAAUACACACAGACAAACCCAUAGCCCAUUCGUCAUCAUCGACUGCAGCCCUUCUGAUUGUCAACCUGUCUCGUGGGUCUGACCGCCCUGGACUGGCACUGCAGCCAAGACCCGACCUGAUCGCCCUCGGAGUUACGACUCAGGCCACGUUUGUGCUUCCCGAGACCUUUAUCAAUUGCAUCGUCAAGAGCCUGUCUGCCCUGGCAAAUAACAAACGGCAAUUAACAAACAGACCUGCCCAAUGAAACGGUAGCCCACCGGAUUGGGAGCGUUGCACCAAUCAAUUGACGAACCCGGCCCGACCGUUACAUGCUACAGCCUGCAGCAUUCCACCCGCCCGCCACCCACCGUUUGACGAUCGAUCUGAUAAGCUGAACUGGAGCGCAAGUUGCAACGCAAGCGCGUCCCCAACAAGAAAAAGCAAGACAGACAUACACUGCCAGACAAGACUAGGCCAGACUUGUGAGGCUGUGAGGGAAAGGGAAAGGGAAUGGCAGCUGUCAUGUCGACCAAGGCUCCUCCUCCGGUCGGCCUGGCCCCCCUGAAGAUCGGCCCAGCUGCACGCUCGGCUUCUUCUUCUGCAGGUGGCUCGACGUCGCCGACGAAUCCGAUUUCUAGCGCCGCAUCCACCCCCACCCCCACCUCAUCAACAGCCCCGAGCCCACCGUCGCACCCGACACCACCCGCCAAAACCACAUCUUCUCGGCAUCACCACCAAAACCAACAACAAUACCCUCCACAGCCCCCGUCGUCAUCAACGCCCACGACGACCAGCAGGCCACCCAUCCAACCCGCACAGCCCAGGAAGUCUCUCCCUGCCUCCCCGGCUGCCGCCCCGGUCAACAAGAUGUCCAUGGCAUCGGUCAUCUCGCCGAUGCCGGGCCCUCCCGUGGCAAAGGCCCCCAUCUCAAUGACCUCCAAGGAAUGGGUCAUUCCCCCCAGGCCCAAGCCCGGAAGGAAGCCAGCUACUGACACCCCGCCCACAAAGCGCAAGGCCCAGAACAGGGCCGCCCAGAGGGCAUUCAGGGAGAGGAGGGCCGCCCGUGUCGGCGAGCUCGAGGAGCAGCUCGAGGCCGAGAGGGAGGAGCACGAGGCCGCCCAGGCCGCCCUGCAGGAGAAGGUCCACCGCCUGGAGAUGGACUCGCAGGCCCUCCGCUCCCGUUGCGAGGUGCUCGAGAACAUGCUCGACAAGGAGCGUGUCGAGCGGGCAAAGGAGGUCGAGGUCCUCACCAGGAGGCUGCACGAGGCCACCCAACACGGCCACUCACAGGCCCAACACCACCAUCCUGCACGCCAAAGCCUGCCGUCCAUCUCGUCCGUGUCCGUGUCAGAGCCCCAGGGCCCUUAUGCGCCGCAGCCAAUGCGUUAUCACCACCGCCCAUCCGCCCCGUCCCGCCUCUCUCAUCUCGGCCGGGCCAGCACCUCGGGUGGCAUGACCGCCAAGUCCUCUCCCGUGGCUCCCGCCCCGCCCCACAGGCCCUCCACCACAAAUUCGUUCUCCAUCUCACAGAUCAUCAGCCCGCCCGACGACAUCGAGCAGGCCCCGACCAGCUGUGGCUCCUGUGACAGCGGCGGCCGGUGUGCCUGUGCAGAGGAGGCCAUGGCCAGCAUGCCCGUGGGCUGCGGCAACUGCACCCUUGGCUCGCGAUGCCAGUGUCUCGAGGAAGUCCUCAACGGCACAGCCGCCGACAACGCCUAUCCCGAUGCUGGCAGCAGGUCCAACUCUGUAUCUCAGCCCCAGCCAACGGCAAGCCGCACCGCCAAGCGGACAAUCAGGUCCAUCUCCCCCAGUUCUGCGGCGCCCGAGGAAAAGCGUGCCCGGCCUUCUCUGUCAUUUGCAGCCACAGAGACAGACUUCACCGCCAUGUUCUCGCGCCAGCUCAAGAGAGCCUCUCCGCCCAGCACCACCACAACGGCCUCGGUACAGCCUACCGUCGCCCCCAUUAACAGCAUGGGAACGCCCUACAGCAACGCACCCAGCCCAUACUCUCUCACGCAGUUGGAAAACCAGCCCGCCGACUCCCCCGCUCCGGAGGACCGCUGCGGCUUCUGCGAGGAUGGCACGUACUGUGUCUGCGCCGAGGCAGCCAAGAACGCUGCGGUCGAGAUGCAGCAGCCAGCCAUCGAGUCCGUCACACUGCCGCCCAUCACGUCAUCAGCCCUGUUCUCCGUCCAGCAGUCCCGCACGCCCCCGCCCUCCGAGGGCGACGCCAUCGGCUACGAGAUCCUGCCCGACGGUGCGGUCAAGCUGCCCAGACUGAAGGGGCUGUCGUCACGCAACAAGGCCAGCAAGCCCGAGGACACCGCCAAGCCCGCGACUGGCGGGGGGUGUGGGCCCGGCGGCCCGGGGACGUGCGCCCAGUGUAUCGCGGACCCCAAGUCGGGUCUCUUCUGCCGCUCUCUGGCGGCGAGUUUCAAGGGCAAGAACGGCGAGUCCAGCGGCGGGGGCUGCUGUGGGGGUGGCGGGCCCGGCGGCGGAUGCUGCAAGGACAAGAACCAGAACACGGCCACCAGCACCAGCAGCAGCAGCGCGAACAUCAAGCUGUCGUGCGCCGACGCCUAUAAGACGCUGGCCAGCCACCGGAACUUCAACGAGGCUGCUGAUGACAUCGGGACGUGGCUGCCCAUGCUGAGGGCGGCGCCCGCGCGGCCCCGGGAGCCUGAUGUCGGGGGGUGCGGUGGUGCUAUGAGUGGAGGCCGCGGCAGCUCCUCGCGGACGCCUAUUGAGGUCGAGGCUGCUAGUAUCAUGGGGGUGCUCAAGGGGUUUGAUGUGCGGUUUGGGAGGGGGGAGUAGAUACCAAAUCAAGGAAAGAAACGGAAGGACGAGGAAAGAGAGGUUUGCAUGGUUGGUGUGUGUUUUAGAGGGGCGAUGGUUAUAUUCUUGACCGCCUGCCUGCUUUUGUUUGGUAGGGGAGGUGCUGUGCUGCAUUGGCAUUGGCUUGGUACGGGUGGUGGGUGUAUCGAGGUACCCUAUAAAAGGAAAGGGAAAAGGAAAAGGCGUUGGGGGUGAGUGGGUGGAUUGGACUGGACUGCACGGGAUGGGAUGGGAUGUGUACUUGCUGUACGUACGUAGUAGCCGCUGCCGUUUGGAGACGGCGUGGGUACCUCAUGCUCAUCAGCAUGGGCUGCAUCGGGCUGGGUAUCGUUUUUGAUGGUGUCUUUGAAUCGACUGUAAAGAUACCUCUUUUCUGUG